AGCAGGAGCGUAAAAACAGGGCUGUCAAUCGUCGGUGGUAGUGCGAAUUUGUUUUACCGUGAAGUAAUGGUUAACUCUAACGGACUUUGGAUGCUGUCGUUCAAAACUUCUACGUCGUUGUACAAAGUCGGUAUUUUGAAUGCGGUUACCGGGUAGAGGUUAGUUGUAACUACUCUGUGCUACUGUCUAAAUCACUGUGUUUUUAUUUCGUUCAAGAGGAAUGCAACGGCCGCCGAGCUGCACUUCUCCUUAAAGCUCAGUCGAUGAACAUGAACUCCAUCUUUACGCAGACAGCAGAGUCGUGUAUUUUAAACUAACUCGUAUAUAAAGUCAUGGCGAACGACUUUGUAAAGUCGUUUGUACAGAUGUGCAAUUAUCUUCAGCAGCCCUGCCAUGUAGCGAGGUUUCAAAAUUUAUGCGGCGUUAGAGGGACAUUUCCGGAUAAAUCGACCAAGCCGGAGAGCGGACAGUCUGAGCCGGACUGUCCCGGGCUGAGGAAGAGGGUCCAAAGCUCAGAUGUUAGUGUUGGAAAUGGAGCAGCCGUGGAUGCCACGGCACCGCAGGUUAACGGGACGCAGGGUGAUACUACCGUUAGGCCUGACGGUUCAUCAUCAUCAGCGGCGGCAGCAGCAGCAGAUGAUGAUGAUGUCGACUCAGACACGGCCAGAGCAAAACCCCUACGGAAAAACUCCCUGACCGGAGAUGUGGGUCAGGAGUUCCUGAUCCACAACAAGUUUCUGUUCUACCUGUUCACGUUUGGGACUGAGCUCGGAAACGAGAUGUUCUUCAUCGUCUUCUUUCCCUUCCUCUUCUGGAACAUCGACGCCCUGGUCAGCCGGAGACUCAUCGUGGUCUGGGCCUGGAACCUAUUCGUGGGCCAGUCCACCAAGGAUAUGGUCCGCUGGUCCCGGCCGGCCUCCCCACCGGUGGUGAAGGUGGAGGUCUUCUACAACUCCGAGUACAGUAUGCCCUCCACGCACGCCAUGACCGGGACGGCCAUACCUUUCUGUCUCUUCAUGCUGACCUAUGGGCGGUGGGAGUACCCCUUCCUCUUUGGCUUUUGUGUGGCUCUCGGCUGGAGUGUCCUGGUCUGUGUGAGCAGAGUCUACAUGGGGAUGCAUUCUAUUCUGGAGGUAAUCACCGGUUUCCUGUACAGCCUUCUCAUUCUAGCCUUCUUCCAGCCACUUUUGGACAAGAUCGACACCUUCUACAUGAUGGACCACUAUGCUCCGCUUAUGAUUAUCUUCUCACACGUGAGCCUCGGACUCGUAGCUUUCUCCCUGGAUUCCUGGAGCACCUCUCGGGGCGAUACAGCUCAGGCCUUGGGCACCGGGGCAGGAGCUGCUUUGGCUACCCACGUGAACUAUCAGCUGGGGCUGCUGCUGGAUCCGCCGCUGUCUUCACUUCCUCUAACUUUACCAUCAAUCAGCAUUGGCUUGGUGGUUCGCUCCCUGCUGCGCUUCCUCAUCGGAGUUGCCGCCCUCCUCGUCACGAGAAUGGUUAUGAAAGCAGUGACUAUUCCCUUCUUAUGUCGACUGUUUGGGCUGCCCUCAGAUGAUGUAAGACGAGCGAGGCAGCACAUGAAAGUAGAGUUGCCAUACCGUUACAUCGUCUACAGUGUUGUGGGUUUUAGUUGCGUCUCUGUGGUGCCCCUCCUCUUUAGGAUCUUAAACCUUGCCUGAGUGUUGUGUUCAAACGGUCAGUGUACUGCUGACAUGUUCACCUACACAGUGAAGGCAAACAGCACUUAGUUACAUGCAGAUAAAUGCAUGACAGAAAUUAAAGAUUUAAAGGAUUGAUCUUAUUGUAUUCUAUAUUUUUCUUUUUUAUUAUUGUCAACAGAUUCCAGACCCAAAUCAACAAUGAAUGUAUCCUACUAACAAGUAUUGUCUAUGUAGCCAAAGCCUGACAUUCCACUGUGCCACAGAGCUCCAUUGUGAUCCUAAAGCUAUUAAGAUACAUCAGCGAGCCACACAGCUGCACUGGGUGACAUGUUUAUUUAUUACAAUGAAAAUAACCACUCUAGUUUUUGAUUCAAUCCCACAUGUGCUGUUGUAAAUACAUCAAAAAUGUAUUAAUCCAUGACUCAAAACAGUUCCUAACAAAUGAGCUAUUUAUUCAAGUUUGAGUGUCACCGGCUAAAAACUGCAGCGCCUCACUGUUUUAGGAAAAUUACUUUGUCUUUUUUUAAAAUUAAAGUCUAUAUUUGUGACCCAUUUUUAAAGAUUUACAUCUGCAUUAGGAACCAGUGAGUUUGAGGCUGGGAGCCACAAACUGGGGGAAGUCAGAAAGUGUCGAGAGACCGACUAACACAUUGUUGGUUUUGGCCUUUUCAUGGGAUUUGUUGUCAGACUCAAAAAUAUAGAAUAUCAUCUGCCUCAUCCUUUAAGAUCCUCCUGUGGUCGACACAUUUGAGUGUUAACUGGAACUUUGCAAAUACAAAAUCUCCCAGCUGUACUGUUAUGAUGCUUGUAUUCAUUAAUAAGGAGGAUCAGUUGUACAUUUCCAUCAUUUGAUUGAAAUAUAAAAUAUUAUGUUAUUGGUGAAUUACAUACGCUAAGAAUAAACUAAACCAUGAAUCAGUGUGAAGUCA